AGUGAAAAUCAAUCACAAAAUCGUUGUAUUACAACUGUACAAGCAACUGCUGAUUGUACACUUAAAAAUCGUCCAGCAUUACGACUUGAUUCGAGACUUGUUUGCAAAUAUGAAGUAUUAGCUGUAAUCGGGAAAGGUUCAUUUUCACAGGUCCUUCGGGUACAACAUCGUCUUACACAUAAAUAUUAUGCGGUGAAAUUAGUUUCAUCUGAUUGUGGUACUGUAAAUAAUGAAUUAUCGAUAUUAAGUCGUGUACAGCAUCCAUUUGUGAUUAGACUUGAAGAAGUAUUUAAAUCUUCAUCACGAUUAUUUAUUGUAAUGGAGAUGGCAAGUGGCGGUGAAAUGUAUAAUCGUGUAGUAGCUAAGGGAAGAUAUUCCGAAAUUGAAGCACGACAAGCACUUCGAAUGCUUCUAAAUGGUUUAGCAUAUUUGCAUAGCAUUCGGGUGACACAUCGUGAUUUAAAACCGGAAAAUUUAUUGUACAGUGAUACGACACCAGAUGCACGACUUCUUAUUACUGAUUUUGGUUUAGCAUAUCAAGCGCAAACAUCAGAGGAAAAAAUGACUGAAACUUGUGGUACACCAGAAUAUAUUGCACCAGAAGUUCUUCUUCGUUCUGCAUACACUGAAAAAGUUGAUAUGUGGGCUGUUGGAGUUAUUGCAUAUAUUUUAAUGUCCGGUAUAAUGCCAUUUGAUGAUGAUUGUCGAUCUCGUUUGUAUACGCAAAUUAUUACAGCUAAUUAUAUUUAUUAUCCUCAGUUCUGGUCCGGUUCGGAAUUAGCAAAAGAUUUCGUAGAUGCAUUGCUAGAAACGGAUCCGGAUGCACGAUUAAGUGCAACUGAUGCUGUAAAACAUGAAUGGUUCAUGGGUAAUCGAAGUAAACUGAAAGUUAUUAUUAAAACACGACCGGCUUCCGAUUUUACAACAAUUCAAAGGGUGAGUAGAAGUGAAAGAGAGAGAGAGAGAGAGAGAGGAGGAGAAGAAAGGAAGGAGAGAGAGAUAUUUUAUUUUUCGUGA